AAAAGGAAAAAGGGAAUGCUGAAGAAGAUCGAGGAACUCAGCACCCUUUGUGGAAUUGAUGCAUGUGCUAUAGUUUAUGGUCCCGAUGAUCAUGAACCAGAGGUUUGGCCAUCCCAUUGUGAGGUCCAAAAGGUGGUGGGAAGGUUCAGGAACAUGCCUGCAGUGGAGAAAAUCAAGAAGAUGGUGAACCAGGAGAGCUUCAUAGGACAAAGGAUCCAAAAGGGUAACCAACAAAUAAUGAAACUUAGGAAGGAGAAUGCGGAGAAGGAGUUCACCUUGUUCAUGUUUCAAUGCCUUACUGAAGGUAGGGUUUUGCCAGAUGAAAAUAACAUGACCUUGGCUGAUUUGAAUGUCCUUUCAUCAGUGAUUGAACAAAACCUUAAAGACAUUGAUAAAAGGUUGCAAACUCUGAAUGUUAAUCAGAUACAACCGACUCAACAACCCGAGAUGCAAACAUCAGUAUUCCAAUCGCAGUUGAAAACAACAUCGUACCAACCGCAUUUGCAAAUGGCACUUAUGAGUUCUGGACAUGGGUUGGAUAUGGAUGUCAAUCCCAUCCAAAGGUUGUUGUUUAUGAACUUGUUUAAUGGUAAUAGAGAUGAGACAAUAAUGCCUCCAUUUGGUGAUCCUAAUCUCUAG